AUGAUAGAAUACUUGAAUCCAUUGAUUCCUGACUAAACUCUUAAUUUAAACAUUGAUUUUUUAUAGUUAUAUUCAAUACCAUAAGAACGACCAUUAGGGUUAAAUUUGGCAGGUCAAGUAGUAGCAGAAAUUUCACCUUUUGUUUAAAACAUUCAGCUUCUCUUUAAAGAAAAGCAAGAAUAAUACAAAUUAGCAAAAAUUUAAUAUUCUGAAUUACAAAAUAGUUUGCAAGAGUUAUAGGAAAAUAAGAUAAAUGAAAAAAAUAAAUAUGAUCUAUUGCUUUAGGAUUCUAAUCAUUUAUUGUAAUAAAAACAAUAAGAAAUCAAUUAAUUAUACUAUACUUAAAGUAAAAUUAAGAAAGAUCAAGAGGAACUACAAAAAGAAUUUAAACAAUAAAAUGAUGAUUUCAAAUUGGAAAAUGCUAAUUUGAUUGAAGUGAUUAAAUAAAAGAAGCGAUACUUAUUUAAACUUAGUAAUAAUAGACAUUCAAGAUUUCAAAUUCUUUUACUUUUUCUGAAAUUUAUAAAAACUCUUAUUGUGAAAUAUCAUAACACGGAAAGCUAUAUUAUAAUAAGAGUCUAUUUUAUUCAUGUUUAGGUGAUUAAGCAAUCCCUAAUUAAGGUAUUGUAAAAUUUGACUAUGGUUGGUGUAGGAGCAAGAGAUAUAAUUUCUAAAUCUGGAUAUUCUAAUAUACAAGAUCCUGGUAGAGGGUAAAGAAUUACGUUAUAAAUUUACUGA